AUGGCGUACGACGAGGAAGAGUUACGCAAGAUCAUCACCGUCGCUAAGAUCAUGGACGAGAAACUGAGCCCGUCGGAGAAGAGAAAGCUGAUGUCUUUGAUCGAAGACUUCGUUGAUAAGCGCAGAAUCAGUCACACCGAAUUCAGCAAAUCUUUUCACCUUUUGUUGGCCGGAAAAGUUCAAAAAGAUGAAGAUCGAAAGACCCAACAAAACCAUCGUCUUCUUGGCGAGCCAAAGAUUCAUCAAACCAAGCCGAAUCAUCUUGCGGUUGGGGCUGACGUAGAUGGGAACUUGAAAAAGCAGAGCCGUCCAAAGAUUAGGAUUAAAUUGGUUUUUUCUGACAAACGAGUGUUAGAGAAACGCGUUACCGAUGCGCUUAAUUUAGAGGGGAAGAAGAGAAGGGUCUUGUUGCAAACGGACCCGAGUCAUGAGAGGCCUGUGAAGAGAACGAGAACGUCUAAGCGGUUGGGACGAGUGACACGAAGCUAUAAGCUUAUACCCGAGGAAGAACAAGAACAGAGUCCGGUCAAAGACACGGUGCUGAACAACAAGUGCCGUCUGAUGAGAUUUCCUGGUCCUUCGGGGAAUCAUAAGAAAGUAAUCGACUAUGAAGAGGCAAUGGCGAGAUGCGAGGACGAGAUGUUCGAGACUGAUAUGUUGAUGGAAUCUCUGAAGAGUGCGGUGGAGAAAGCGGAGAGAGUUAUAAGUGGAGAGAUGGUGAUGGAAGAUCUCGGAGUGAAGUUUUACAGAUGCAUUGAGAUGAUGUACGGUGGAGAUAUGUCUGAGAUUGUGAGAGAGGAUCACAACAAGGCUUUACCUGUGAUCUUGCGUCGGUUGAAGGAGAAACUGAGUAAGCUCACUGCUGCUAAGGAAAAGUGGAAAUCUGGAUGGAAGCGAGUCUUUGAAGUAAACACUGCAAAGCAGAGAGUGGAGGAGAAGAAAGCACAAUUGAAUCAUAUUAUUGGAUGA